CAUAAAGUUAAUAUUAACUCUAUGAACAUUUGAUUUUUGAAACAUAUAAAAAUAGUUUGGCAAUAUUGCUUCCGUAUGCUAUCAUCGGUGGAUCUUUAAUAUACAUUUUGGUAACACUGAAUGUGUAUAGUUGAAGUUGAAAAUUAUAAAUAAUCGAAAAUAUAAUCCAGCAACUUUGGAAAAGGUAUAUUUGGAAGUACUUGUGUUAUAAAAAAUAAUUCAAAAUGUGUGCGAAAAUGGCAUUUCAACACCAAGCGGGAACGGCAAUGGAAUGUUUAAGUAUUCCAAUUACGCUUCACAAAGAAGUCGAUGGUGAUACCUUACGUUGUGGAUUUAAAAUUGGUGGAGGCAUAGAUCAGGAUUUUCUCAAAAGUCCUCAAGGAUACACAGAUAAUGGAAUUUAUGUGACAGAAGUGCACGACAAUAGCCCGGCAUCAAAAGCAGGACUUCGGAUACAUGACAAGAUACUUCAGUGCAAUGGUUAUGAUUUUACAAUGGUUACUCAUAAAAAAGCGGUCAGUUAUAUUAAAAAACAUCCUGUAUUAAAUCUUCUGGUGGCAAGAAAAGGUGUUACAUCAACCUAAAUCAUUCUAAUUUGUUAAAUUAUGUGUAAUAAGUUACCAAAAAAAAUGUGUUGUGUAAGUUCAUAGAAAUUGAACAAAUGUUAUGCUACUAUUAUAAAAUAUUCAGUGUUAGUAUUUAGAAGCAUUUACAUAUUUAAAAACUUACUAAUCAUUUAAAAUCGUAUGUGUAGAGCUAGGUUGUUUAAUAAAAUUUGAAUGAGUAACAUUCAACAUUCUUGACUGUUAUCCAUUAUUGUUGAAAAUCCUUUUUAAGUGGAAAUUUGUAAGGUCAUGUGAAGAGGUGCUAAUGUACAAAUAAGGGUCUUAGGAAAAUAAUUAUUCUAGCUAAUUUUUAAUGUUAACAAAUUAUUUUUUUAAAUUUCACAUUUAUGCCAUUUUAUGAGAUGCAAAUAUUUUUUAAACGCCCAAAAAUAAGCCGCUAUGUAAACUGUGGUUUUGUGAUCCUCAUUUACAAAAAUUGAAGAAGCAUGGGUAAGAUAAUAUUUGUUGUCUCUUUGUUUUAAUCUUCAUUUAUUUUAAUAUUAAAUAUAAAAAAUUGGUUUUUUAAGGCAAAUAUUAACCAGCUACAUAUGGAAUGCUUUAAGAACUAGACAGUACAUUUGUGAGAAUUUAUACAGUGGCAUUUUUAUUCUUCUAUGGAUUGCUGAAUUGGAUACUCGACUGCUAUUUUGAAACCUAAUAAUAUGUUUUGGUUUUAAAUUUUAUUUGAAGAGAUUUAAAUUAUUUUUGUGUCCAUGUGGUAUAUAUGUCAUCAUGGAAUGGAUAAAUCAAAUUAGUACCCCCUUUAAUGUCUGUUUCAUACAUUUUUUAUUUAUAUCAUCCAAGGAACAAAGGCCAUAGAAAGUAAUUUAAUAAUUCUGUUUGUCAUUACUUUCCCAAAAUCUUGUAUGUGAUUUUAAUUUCAAUCUUGCAUUAAUGAAAGAAAGGGUAAUUUGAUAGCAAACAUUUGCAAUCUUAUCUUGACUCCACUUUUCAUUUUGGUUUGUAUUAUGUCAAUAUGAAGUAAAAGAUAAGAAUUACAUUCCACUUUUAUUUUAUGUAUUAUACUGAUAUCUCAUUUUAUAUAUUUCAGGUAGUUAUGAUGUAAUAUUUAUUUCCUACGAUCUUUAUUUUAAAUUUUUUACAUUAUUUGUACUCUUGUACUUGUGAGAGAAAUGGUUUAGUGUCCGAUAAACUAAAUUUUCACUUUAUAGGUCAAACAUAUUAUUAUCGGGAUACAAUUUUAAGUACUUUCCUUUUAAAUUUCGAUAGUUAUUCCUUCAAAAGUAGUAAAUAUUUAUGCAUGUUAUGUAUUAUACAUAAGAGUGACAACAGAGCACAAUAAAUAGUAUUAUUAUUUAAGUAAUGUUCAAGCUAUAUAAAAUACUGUGAUAAUAAAUGUUUAACAGAU